AACUAGAAAGCAACAACAUGCUUCAGAAACGAGAACGUCCAUCGUCGGUGAGGUCCGCGCUAUAAACAUUUUUCUGAAAUUCGGUCAGUUAUGUGAUUCGCUCCAUAAGAUAAUUCGUAAACGCACAAAAAAAGAAACGAUUUAGGCGUUGUCAGUGCGAAGACACAAUGACAGGUAGAAAUCUAGUGAUUAUUCUCGGAUUUGUGGUUGUGAUAGUGUCGAGUGCGGGCGCUGAGGAAUGUCCACAAGGAAAUUGUACUUCUCCGGCAUCACAUAACAAUGAAAUCGAAAGACUGUCCACUAGCCAAGAGGUGAUAACACAGACGACAGCCCCUCUACCAAGGCCUCAAUCUUUGGAUAUGUUGGCCGAGGAUUCGUACAACGUUUUCAGGCCGAGUCCUAACCCAUCCUCAGAACUGAACACUGUUCAACGCUCAGUCUUCUCGAAGGAAGAACCGAAGGGACGAGCACUCAAUUUCACCGUGGAUGAACACCAUGCCGGUAACAUAUUAUCAAAUUUUUCGAAUCACCACGACGACUUUGAUCUCAGUGACGUUACGAUAGGAGACGAUGAGGACUUCGAUAUGGAUUUGGACCAUCAUAAAAUGAUGUUACCGAAGAGUGACUCGAAAAAUUCUACAUUUGGAUUAUGUGAAAAGGGAGGCCUGACAUACGAAAAUGGAGAAAAACUCGAAAACGGCUGUGAUUCAGUAUGUACGUGUAAAAAUGGUAACAUGGAUUGCGACGAAAGAUGCCCUAAACCUUUCUUCAGGAAAGGAAAGAAAAUUGACGAUCCCCUUUGUUCAGCGAAAGCCACGGAAGACCCUUGCUGUUCAGUUUUAGUCUGUGCGGGAGACACAGAGACCGAACCACUAGAGAUAUGUUCCUACGAAAACCAAACCUACAACAGAGGAGAUAUAUUUAACAAGGGAUGUGCAGAAGUUUGUUCUUGUGAGAUCGCCGGAAAAGUUUCCUGCAAAUCAAGAUGCCCACCCUCAAACAAAACGAACGACAGAUGUGUUGAAGUGCCUGACCCUAAUGAUUCGUGUUGCAAAAAAAUACUAUGCGAUGUUACCCUCGACGACAAUGAUCCAGAAAAGUAUGAUGAAAGUCAUAAACGAAAGAUAUUAUCUGCCAAAUUCGUCAACGAAACUACGAUCUUAAUGAAAUUCGAUUCAAGUUCUGACGACGACGCUGGUUUGGUAGUCGAAAUAAGUGACGACAAAACUACAUGGCGAAAAUUCAAAAUAGUACAAGGAGGUUAUGUGCUCGCUAAACGAGACGCAAAAUAUUUGAGGCUGGAAAACACAGAUGACAUUAUUAAUAUCCAGAAUUUUGUUACUGAUCCAAAACCUGGGGAUAAAACGAAGAAUGAUUCGAAAGGUUGCCAGUACAAGGGUCAACUAUUCAAACUUGGCGAUGAAUUCAAUGAUGAGUGCACGGCUCUGUGUGUAUGCCAAGAAGGAGGAAUGAAAUGUUUGAAAAUUCAGUGUCCAACUUACUUCGGAGUUGACGUAUUAGAUCCUAAUUGUGUGGAAUGGGAAACCAUACCACCAGACUUCACUCCGACCCCACCAAAAUGCUGCCCCGAAAGAAUAAGAUGCAAAAAUAAUGGGUCUUGCAACUAUAAGGGAGCGACAUACAAAAACUGGGAACAAGUGCCUAUCAACAUAACUGGCUGCGAAAAACGAUGCUACUGUGAGAUGGGCCAUGUCGAAUGCCAAAACACAUGUCCUCCAGUAACAGCUCUUCCGCCACCAAAUUUACAGUGUCCCCAGAAUCUCGCCAAAAUAGGUCAUAUUCCUGAAGAUGAUUGUUGCAAGUACUGGGUAUGCAACCCAGAUGAUGCAGAAACAUUACCCAACGAAACAGAAAACGAUAAAGGACAUACUAAAACUCCGACAGAAACUUCUUACAAGGAAUACUUCACCCCGAAAACACCAUCUAAAAUAUUGGGUCCACUAGUUGUCUAUGAAAACAAAGUUCCACAUCAGACUGAUAGUGUUAACGAAUUAGGGCAUGUACCAACACUUGAACCGGAGGAAAAUCCUUUCAAUAAUAAAUCAAUAUCACCGGUAAAAUACAACACUAAACCUAACGUUUUGAAAGAAAAAAUUAAUAAUUAUUUGGGACCUUUCGGUCCUACGAACGUGGAUAAAAGUAAAAUUAAAAAGGGCUCGAUAUUUGUCACACCUCAUCCUCCUUUGGAAUCAGUUCCACCUCAAGAAGAAAACAAUAUAUUUUCACCGUCCAAAUCAGAGGCACCAAUCAUCAAGCCCAAUCACAAUUCUGACCACUCUGAAAUAGAAGUACAUGGCCAAGGCAAUCCAGACGAUCUCCUACAGUUCAUUAAUCAACACCCAGAGAUAAGUGAUUAUCCAUCUGGAUCAGUUCUAGAAAUUCAUAGUUUACCACCUACGAGCAUGCCCAAGCCCGGUAAACAACAAAUACAUCUUGUUCCUUAUGUAGUUCCUCAAAAUGGAGAGCAUGUCAAUAAUGAUUUGCCUCCUGGUUUUAGUUUAGAACACAUUUUGAGGGAAUUUCAUAAAAAUUCUCGACCGCAAGCCAAUCUGCAGAAUCCUUUUUCUCCAUUCAAUCCUAUCACGAAUAAUAAUAAUAGACCCUUCCUCAUAGGACACCAAAGUGGACCCAAUCUUCUGAAUAAACUAAAUUCAACGUUUCCAGGUUUCGAUGGUCCAUUGUUCCCUGGUCCUUUCCCGCCACCACAAGAUGACGUUCCCGUUCAUACAUUAGAAGCAAUUGAUCCUCACACAGUUCGAUUGGCGUUUAUGGUUCCACCAGUAAUAGUGAAUUUACAUGGAAGAGUUGAAGUGCGAUACACCAAUGAUAAAGAUGAUGCAGAUUUGGAAUCUUGGAUGCUACAGGUGUUUGCUCCACCAAAUGAUCUAAUAGCAACUCGAUCAUUGGAGUUUGACCUUCAAGACUUGGAAUCCGACACAGAAUAUAAAAUCAAGAUUACUAUAACACUGAGAGAUAUCCAUACGACUCACAGUAGUAGGAUAUACAAAAUAAAGACCCCACAUGAAAUUUUAACGUCCACCCUUCCUCCGAUGAUACCGAUAGAACCUGACCUGGCCAUAAUCGAUAUAAAUGCAACUUGGGUCACUGUAACUUGGAAAAAGUUCGAUGCAAAUGAGCUAAGAUUCAUUGAUGGAGUUCAAUUGAGGUACAGAGAGAUUGAGGGAAAAAUAUACGCAGCCACUCCAUUAAUACAUAGAGCCGUAACGACCUAUACAUUGGAAAAUCUUAAACCGAAUACCAAAUACGAGAUCGGAAUAUUCUUUAUACCUUUCCCAGGACAGUUAACGGAGCUCCAUGCUGAAAAGAUGUUGCACUUCACAACUGCUAACGAAAUCGAUACUUAUGGUUUCAAUGUAACAUUGGAAAUAUCUCAUAUCAAAUCACAAAGCGUAGAAAUAUCUUGGGAGGGCGUACCCUAUCCUGAAGACAAAUAUGUCAAUAUAUACAGGGCCAUUUAUCAGAGCGAUACUGGCAAAGAAGAUCAAAGCAUGUUCAAAAUAGCCAAGAGAGAUUCUGCGACGAAAACGGUUAUCAUGGAUUUGAAACCCGGCACCAGGUAUAGAUUGUGGUUAGAAGUUUAUCUUACAAAUGGUAAGAUAAAAACCAGUAAUGUUCAAGAGUUCAAUACCAAGCCCAGGGUAGCCCCUGUCUUGGGAGCAGCUUCACAACAAGAUAAACUUUCAAGAGCCUACCAAUUAGAAAUGAAAGGAGAUUAUUAUGGUCCUCUAGUCAUUGUUGCAAUUUUGGCAGCCAUUGCAAUUAUGAGUACGCUUGUUUUGUUACUCAUUUUGAUACGACGACAUAAUCAAAAUAAGGCCGCCAUUACUCCCCCGUCCAGAGUUAGUCAGUCCGCCUACGACAAUCCAACAUAUAAAGUGGAAAUUCAACAAGAAACUAUGGGUAAAUAUAAUUUGGGAGUCAAGUUGGAUGUUGAGGAUACAUAG